UCGACCCAUUCCGAUAAAAAUUCGUCGGCCAAUCGUCAGUUGCGUAUUUCUUUUUUCUUCUUUUCUUUCUCUGAGCCCCCCUGGACUCUCUCUCUCAGUUGGCCGGUCAUGGCGUCCCUGCAUUCGUCGUCCCCCUCAAUGCCGACCUCACAUUUCAGUUCCUUUGUCGACAUUCCCGUCCCGUCCUUGCCGUUCCUCUUCUCCCAGCGUGCGACUUGGCUAUAUACUACGGCAGCACUGGUCGGCGCGCUUCUUGUCCUCGAGCAGUCCAUCUACAGGUAUAAGAAGAAACAUCUCCCUGGUGCUGCAUGGACAAUUCCAAUCAUAGGCAAAUUCGCUGACUCCAUGAAACCAACCAUGGAAAACUACAUGGCACAGUGGAACUCCGGUGAACUCAGCGCUGUCAGCGUUUUCAACAUUUUUAUCGUCAUGGCCUCAUCCAACCAUUACUCGCGUAAGAUCCUCAACACACCAACCCAUGCUGAACCAUGCCUCGUAAACUCUGCUAAACACAUCCUCAUGCCUGACAAUUGGGUCUUUUUGACUGGCAAGGAGCAUAUCGAGUAUCGCAGAAUCCUCAAUACCCUUUUUACAAAGAAAGCCCUCAGCAUCUACAUCGGCGUACAGGAUGCCAUUACACGCAAGCACUUUCACCAGUGGCUCGCAGAUGCGGCUAAAGAUCCCUCUCCAAAACCGAUCAUGAUGACUGCUCGUAAUUUGAACAUGGACGCGUCUGUUCGCGUAUUCUGCGGCAACCAUAUCCCAGAAAGUGGGGUUGUGGAAAUUUCUGAAAAGUACUGGGACAUCACACAAGCUCUUCAACUCGUCAACUUCCCAUUUGCAUUUCCUGGCACAAACGUCUACAAAGCCAUCCAAGCCCGCAAGGCCGCAUUUAAAUGGCUUGAGAUGGCCGCUGCCAAAGCCAAAAUUGCCAUUGCUAGCGGUGCGCAGCCGCAUUGUAUGCUCGACGAGUGGGUCCAAGUCUUACAGGAUCCUACCUACAAGGGCCGUAAGGACUUUAGUGACCGCGAGAUGGCCAUGGUCGUCUUUUCGUUUUUAUUCGCUUCUCAGGACGCAAUGAGCAGCGGCUUGAUUUAUGGCUUCCAGCAUUUAUCAGACCACCCUGUGAUUCUGGCGAAGAUUCGUGAGGAACAAUACCGUGUUCGUGGUAAUGACACCAACAAGCCAAUAACCCUGGAAAUGUUGGAGAACAUGCCUUACUUGAAAGCCUUCGUCAAAGAAAGUUUACGUGUGAAGCCACCCGUGACCAUGGUGCCUUACAGGGCGACCAAACCAUUCCCACUUUCUGAUAACUACACGGCCCCAGCUGGCAGCAUGGUGAUACCCUCUUUCUAUAACUCACUCCAUGACCCCGAAGUAUUCCCUGAUCACGACUCAUUAACUCCCGAGCGCUGGCUGGACCCUAAUAGCCCCGCGAACGCAAACCCGAAAAAUUAUCUCUGUUACGCCACCAUGAACAUGGCACUCGUUCUGGCUACUGCUAGUAUCCUCAUGGAUUGGGAGCACCAUCAGACCGCUGAGAGCGACCAAGUCGAGUGAGUGUUUACAUUCGACAUCUGCAUAUAAUUAUUUCCUUCUGAUACCCAUCUCCACCACUUAGAAUCAUUGCAACGUUGUUUCCCA